AUGGAUGGCUUAAGCAGACAGAAUUUUUGGAACGAGCUUUCUUGCUGUCUCCUCCUCUUGCAAAACAUCGAGCGAUAUAACUCUUACAUAUAUGAUCUCGUCCGAUCCGCAACAGGGCUUCCGGCCUUGCCUCAUAUGCCUGUGGGGUCACAUGGACUGGGAAACCGGUCAUCAACUCCUUUGUUAAGCGAAAACGACUCGCAAACUUCACCUGUGGUUUCAGCGACACAGUGCGGAGAAAGGAGAGGGGCAGCACCGUCGACAUCCAUCACUGCACCUGGGCAAAUGACCGGGGCUGCUUUUGACCGCUCAAAACAGCGCCCUGAAGGAACCAAUGAUGAGGCCAGACACCCACGGACGACAACAAGCUCCGGCAAAGUAGCCCUUCCGUGUACACGGCUGCCAGAUGCACUCUCAUCAGCUACUCCAUUGCCAAUACCUCUACAGAUGCUCAAGAUUGUUCUCCUAGGGCCUCGACUUCUGGCAUGGGGAUACCUAUGGGAACGGCGACUGCUGCGAAAAGUACGGAACCCUUUACCGGUUUAUUAUCCUCCAGAGCGUUUUGGAACAGAAGCAAUCCUUGGUAGAAGAAAGCGGAUGCCUGACUCGGGGACUGACAGUGUUAGCACGAAGCCGAAAAUGGCGAAAACACCAGCAGACGCGCCCAAAACACAUCAGCCUUUCACGUCGGUCAUUCCUAUCCUCGUUAAUCGGGAUAUGACGACAAAAUUGCUCCAAAUAUGUAAAAGCAAGAAGGCAGGUCUUAAUGGCCUGAUUAUUGGCACGGCAGCCAUUGCUAUCUCAGAGCUGAUGUGGGAUAGAAGAACAGUUUUGAAGGAAAUCGACCGUAUGCUGGAUGACAAGCAAAGUGUGAGAGAGGCGGGAAAGACAUCGUCACAAACACCAGAACCCCAUGGAACAACUCAUGAGCACGGCCACAUCUGGUUCCCGUUUCAUCCGAUGAAGGGCUCCGGACGAGCGGCGGUGGCAGUAGGGACUGCUGGCGUCACUAAACAGGGAAGAGACUGCGGUCUUGGCUCGCACACAAUUCCAGAAAAUGCGCAAGCCAUCGUCUCUCCCCAGCUCUCAAAUUCAGUCGAAGAAACCCGUGCGUCUUACGAGACGCCAUUGACUGCGUCACCUAAACAUAGACUACAUGAAGGACCGACAGAGAGCAUUAGACUCUCAGACGAUGCGGCACGGGGGCGGCUCUCACCUGAGUAUCAGAAUCCGAUCAUCUUAAAGGCCUCGUCGGCGACCCAUUGUGGAAAUGAAAACGCUGCUGAUUCCCCUGGCGUUUCCUUUCACAACAUCAAAGAACAGAACACUCGAAUUCAGGGGAACCACCUGGACACGGGCGCGAACGUUGCACAUUCUGUCGCUGCCCACCGACCCUCGCGUUGUAGAAGAGGGCCGGAGAAACAAGAGAUUGCUUUAUGCGCUAACCUUCGAGGAAGGAAAACGUGGGGAAAGUGGCCAGUAGUUGGGGCAGGAUGCAGGCAGGUGCGAUAUGUUUUUGAGCAGCUUCGAGCGUUGAUACGGAAGCCAACAUGUGAACUUGACCCCGACCGUUUAGGGGCGUCAAAUGUUAAAAACCACAGCGGACCUGUGUAUUUGUAUUCUCUCCAAGCCGUAAGUGGAAGACGAUGGUUCAAGCGUACCGAACGAAAUGAGUUUGAACCAACAGAGUUCGAGGACCAAAUGUUAUUUCAGAGUUUCCUUCUAGAACAGGCACAGGCAUCGCUCACUCAACUGGCACCCGGUGAUCCGUUUGGACUAGGGCUUUUUCAGAAGAUGGACACCCGCUUGUGCGACAUCGGACGGGAUUCCCAGCUGCUUUCCCGCGGAAAGUACGAGGAGAACCAAGAUACACAAACAAGCAGCCGACGAGUGACACUGCCUGGUUUUCACCUGCCCCUCUCACCGGCCAGAAAACCCGGUACCCGUGGUGGUGUUUCGCUUUCUCCAAGACGGGAAACACGAGAGCGUAACGUGGACGAGAACUGCUAUGGAGUUACGGCGUGUACGGCACUGCCGUCUCCGCAGAUGUGCCAGGCCGUCAUUAUGGAUACGAGCAGCUAUAUGAGGAAACUUCCGCAAGACUGCGGCCAGUCUCCCCUGGUAUGUCAUCAUAAAGCGCGACCACCGUUCGCCACUUCGGUGCCCGGUAUGCUCACCGAACAUACUCUGGCUCUCGCCUCCCCUACAGCUGAGCGCUGUUGGGAGAACGUUAGAAAAAGCUCUCAAGAAACAAGGGUUCCCAGCGACAGUGAAGUAACGUUGUCGCGAAUGUCGACUGGGCAGGACGAUAAAAUGAGGCAGCAGUUUGAGACAAAUUCCGGUGGAGACUAUAGUUGCAGAGAGAUAAUCGAGACGGCUACCGUAGCAUCUAAAGCAGCGCAGCAGUUCGUGGAGCCCGAGACUGAUAUUUCCAGUCACGAAAACCCUUCCGCUUCAGAAGAGGCUGCGCAUACUCUCCAAAAAGUGUACACCACAGUGGACAAACAAGGAACUGGCUGCCAAGGUGAUACGGGCAUCAUACGUUGUGGGAUUCUAGCGAGUUCCAGUUGCUCUUCCUGCUGGACAGAGCUUGCUCAAGAGCAUAGUGACCCAACACAAAAAACACAUGCAUCGACAUUACCUGGCUCUUCACCAGUGUCUACAAAUUCCGGAAAUGAAAGGGGAAGCGGGGGUGGUGCCUCCAGUGAGCUCCAGGCAAGCAAGGGGAAAAGACCGUCGAUCAGAAACAGUCUUGCUUCAUCACUGAUGAAGAUACGGAGCUGGAUAGCGCGGAAAAGCCGCGGCGAGAAGCGUGUGACAAACCCACAGCCGGACGGAAGAAAUGGACACUCAAAGUUCUUUCUUGAGAAGCCUGGGAAUGUGAUUUGCGACAGCCAGGCGUCUACUACAAAUAACGCGGAAACAAAUGUUCAAGUGACUUCACGCGCGGGAAUGGGUUCCUACGCUUUAAUUAUUCCCAUCAGGAUUCGAGUGUCGCCCAAAUGUGCUGAUCUAAAGGAGGAUCUCUGGGAACUGGCUAGCAGGUCGGCGAAAGAUGUCCAUGCUAUUGUGAACGCCCAGCGUCCGUUCCGAGCCUCCUACGCGCUCGUGCCGUGGCAUUCCAUCACCGUAUACGUCGGUAGCAUUAUAGACAGGAUGCCUCUCCUCAGGAAACUGGGUGGAAUGAAGCCUAAUUACCGUCCAUCAGCCUUCCUCAUCAGUAAUGGAGGUAAAUGGGAUGUGACUUCCGUCGAAACGUUCAUGCACCAACUUCUUCUGGAAGUAGCGCAUAUGGCAAAACUACACAGAUCAAUAACAGUUUAUCGAUUACUACACCAUCAUCAACUAAUGGAAGAGCGCGCUCGACUAAUGGACAGAAAAAAGCAGGGGUUGAAAGUCGAGAUGGGGGAUUUAAUGGUUCGUAACCCUACUUCUUCAGUAACGGGCAUCUCAGGCAGUCCAAAUCGACCCUCGCAUCAACGAUCACUCGACAGAAACUCCAGCAGUCCGAGAGGGACUCGGCUAUCUUCGUAUGCGGAAGAGAACAUGCAGCGAGCAGUGAGCACGUCGGCUCACAUAAAACGGUCGAUUCGAAUCGAGGAGGUAAACGGUGCGAAUACCCCUUAUUCUCGACUCCUACACCUGAAGACACUUCCGCGAACACCCACUUCAGGCCGCUAUUGCGCCCCCACUAAGAAAACAUCGACCAGCACGGUUAUGGCAAAAACAGUCCCCAAGUUUCAGCCCUUCUCUCUUAAAAUAGAAUCAAGCUGGUCUGUUGUCGCUCAGCAUAACGUAGGUCUCAACUACUUCGCCCACAACGUCGUGACGGUAGACGGGUGCCUAAACUGGACUCUGCAAUACCAUACAAAUAUGGUCAGCCACGAACUAGCGAUGUGCUAUGCGAACCGAAUUAUUGAUAUUCUUGAAAGAGUAUGCAGGGGCGAAGAUCUCAAAGAUAACCAACAAGUUGACGCGAAGGGGCCUCACCAGUACACGCCGAAUUUGACUACAAUGGUGCUCCCCGUGCCACGCACCUUCGGCCAUGAAGCUGAACAUCCGACAGCGAUUCGCAGCUGCCAGGAGGGGGCCGGAGGGACAAUGAGGCAGCGGCUCACAGGUGCCAGUAAGGAUUCGAACAUGUAA